CCAAGUCACAUUUCAACCAAAUCCACCUUCACUUUCAAAGCUGCUUUUGCUCUUAAACCACUACUAUUCCUAUAGUUAUUGCAAUAUCUUUUUCUCUACUCUAUUCUUUCUUGUGCAUUGGAUGUGGAGAGGAGUGAAUACUACUUCAUCAAGUUGUUAUUGUUGUUGCUCUAGAACAAGUGAUGGAGAGUCCUCAAUAUUAUGCACCACCCCAAAUGAUGGAAUCAUCAUCUCGGCCAUCUCUAGGAUUUCCUCUUGGAACUGCUCUUCUUUUGCUUGUCAUUUUCAGUUUGAGUGGUGUUUUUUCUUGCUGCUAUCACUGGGACAAAAUUCGUUCCAUACGUCGUCGAUCUUUGUCUGAUCUUGAAGCUGGUGAUGAUCCAGCCUCUUUGAAAUCCAAACACACCCACAUGAUUGAGAAGCAGAAUGAAAGCCAAAGCAUGCCAGCAGUGUUGAUGCCAGGUGACCAAGUUCCCAAAUUCAUAGCAAUGCCAUGUCCAUGUCAGCCUCCCCGACCGGAAAAGGUAGUUGCAGAGGAGCAGAAGCCGCCGCAACCACGGCCUCCUAAGCCAAUUCGUAUGAUAGUUGGAUUACCUUUGUAUUAGUAAAAGGGAACUACUACCCAUUUCAGAACUGGGCUCGGGCAAGAGGGGGUUGCUCAAAUGGUAG